GUGUGAUUGCGUCGUCUGUGGACCUGUUUGGGCGGUAUGCAAACUGAAGUGGGUCUAGGGAGGCCGGUAAGGUGCAUGUGAUAUGAUCCUUGACUAGUCUCGCGAAGCACUUCAUGAUGACAGAAGUGAGUGCUACGGGGCGGUAGUCAUUUAGUUCAGUUAUCUUUGCCUUCUUGGGUACAGGAACAAUGGUAGCCAACUUGAAGCAUGUGGGGACAAACAGACUGGGAUAGAGAACAAUUGAAUAUGUCCGUAAACACACCAGCCAGCUGGUCUGCGCAUGCUUUGAGGACGCGGCUAGGGAUGCUGUCUGGGCCAGCAGCCCUGCGAGGAUUAACACUUUUAAAUGUUUUAACGUCAGCCACGGAGAAGGAGAGGAAGGGAGGGCACAGUCCUUGUUAGCGGGCCUCAACGGUGGCACUGGAUUAUCCUCAAAGCAGGCAAAGAAGGUGUUUAGUUUGUCUGGAAGUGUGAUGUUGGUGUCCGUGAUGUUGCUGGAUUUCGUUUUGUAGUCUGUGAUUUCCUGUAGACCCUGCCACGUACGUCUCGUGACUGAGCCGUUGAAUUGCAACUCCACCUUGUCCCUGUACUGGCAUUUAGCUUGUUUGAUUGCCUUGCGGAGGGAAUAGCUACACUGUUUAUAUUCAGAUAUAUUCCCAUACCUCUUUCCCAUGGUUAAAUGCAGUGUAUCGUGCUUUCAGUUUUCCACAAAUGCCACCAUCCAUCCACGGUUUCUGGUUAGGGUAGGUUUUAAUAGUCACAGUGGGUACAAAAUCUCCAAUGCACUUAUUUACAUACUCACCGAGUCAGCGCAUAGGACACAAUCCCAGCGAUGUUGGCGCAGGUAGAUCAAGCACCAGUGCAGCGAAGCUAUUCCAAUUAGUGUUUUCCCCAUAAAUUCACACAGAAUUGAGAUUUGCUUGUUAAGCAUAGCCCCCUUUCCUCUUUCACCUCAUUCCUGUAAUCCUUCACUAGUAAAUAACUGCCGCAUUGGAACUCCGGAUUGUCAAUAUUACAAGAGCGUAAUAAACACAGUUUCCUAGUUAGCAAACGAGUUAGCUAGCUAUCUGGCUAGUUGGUGUUGACACAAACAGUUAUUAUAUUUUUUUAAAAUAAAACUUCGGAAAACAACAUGCCGAAGCAACAGGUAGAGGCACAGGAGGUAUCCGAGUUCAUAGCCUUGUUAUACACACACAGACAGAGAAACACGUGAUGAGACAUUGAAAAUGCAAAGAGACUCCAGAAAGCGGACCUAAAUUAGAUAGUUGACUUUUCCUACUAGCACUGACUUUGUUGAUAACUUAUUUAUUGAGGAAAAAUGUACAUACUAUGAAUGCACUAACUGUAAGUCGCUUUGAAUAAGAGCAUCCGUGAAAUGACUAAAAUGUCAAAUAUUAAAUAUCUGCAGGCAAACAACGUGAAAUACUGUGAAAAUAACGCAGAAAAUAUUUCACAAAUCUUAACAUAAACCAUUAGUCAAAUUGACCCCAUUAUUGGUAGAUAAACUCAAUACAUUAAGUAAUGACUUUAAGAAUGAAUACCUUCUGCAUUCAAAGAUAACCAACCUAUAGCACUAAACUAAACUUCACUUGCGUCAUCCUUGUGGUAUUGAGAGAUAAACAUGAUCAUCCUUCACUAAUUGCACAUAAAGGAAGAUAGUUCCUACAUGAUAGAGUGCUUGCUUUGUUAUCCAACUGAUCUUGUGUCCUUUCCGCCAUCCUGUGAAUCCCGUUCAUUGCUCCUCACAGCUAUAUUUUGUAAAAUAAUUGACCCUCUAUUGACUUUUGUGCAACCUUCGGGGUUUACAAAUAAAGUAAUACACAAAUAAUCUGCAGAAGCAUUCAUGUACAAUAAAGAUACAUUUAUUAUGGCUGAUAAAUAAGCAAAAGAAAGUGUGGGAGUGCCAGGGAGUGAUUGAGAAACUCCGUUGCACAUGGCGGUAGGACAGUAUUACUAACCCUUUUCCUCUAUUAAACUAUAUUAAAUCCCUAUUUUUCAGAUUGUUUUAAACACAUAACUUUCCCUCAUUCUGUUCAAUAUAUAAUAUUUAUUUCCAUAUGAAAACCACUGAAGAAAAACCACUGGCACUAUACAUGUGUGUUCCUUUCUUUCUGGCCAGAGUAAGGUUUUAAUAGCUCAGCAGAGAGUACCUUAUCAUCUGCAUUUUUCCACCUGUAAAAUCUUAUGACAUUUAAGUGUCAGCAUUAACUUAAUGUCCUCCACCGAACUCUUUGGCAUCCUGAAAAAUAAAAAUAGUGCCCGGUUUACGAUGUAAAUGGAAAGACUAGAUCCUUAGAUAGACUACGCCUUGAGCUGGGUGCUGCCAAGGGCCAGGGUUGCAUAAGUGACAACAUUAAAGGCCUCUUACGAGGGUUUGGGGCUCAUUGAUGGUUCCCAGGACUUUGACUCAGGACUGUUGUGGGGCUUUGGGGAACAUCUAAAAGAGGCUAAACUACUAUUUACACCUGGAGAAUAACAGGAACUAGAUUCUACUUUCACACUUGAUUUUUCAGACCUUGGGUGUCUGUCUUACAGGAUUCAUUUUACAGGCCUCGUUGAGUCCUUGGCCAAUAUACCGGAGGUGUUGUUUCCUGACACACAGGAGGUCAUGAUUCACAAAGACAGACAAGGGGGUGUUGGUGGUCGCCAUGGCACCCCGAGCUCCAUGUCCCUGCACAGACAACACUCCAAACUCCCCCCUAAAGAGGUGUUCAACGACAUCAUGUACAUAGUGGGCGGAUGGACCCAGGAGGACCCCUCCUGCCCAGUGGAACAGUUCUACCCCCUGGAGAAUGAGUGGAAGAACAUGGCCUCCAUGGUCAAUCACCGUGGUAACGUGGCCGUGUGCGGCCUGUAUGGGAAGAUCUACACAGUGGGUGGGUCCGAUGGCGUCACCUACAAAAGCAAUGUGGACAGGUACGACCCACAAACUAAUAUCUGGAGUAACGACGUGACCCCACUGAGCAGCCCCCGCAGCGGAGUGUGUCUGGUGGAGAUGGAUGGAUACCUGUACGCCCUUGGAGGGUAUGACGGCAUGGUCUGCACCAACACUGUUGAGAGGUAUAAUCCCAAAAUGAACAGCUGGACGAAGCAGGCUCCGAUGCUGAGCCGACGUUGUGGGGCAGCUGCUGCUGUGAUGGAGGGUCAGCUGUACGUGAUUGGAGGCAGCGAUGGAGACGUACCCAUGAACACAGUGGAGCGUUUUAAUCCCUUGGACGGGAUAUGGUAUGUGUGCCCCCCCAUGUUGACCGCUAGAGAGAACGCUGGCUGCUGUGUGUACCUGGGACGUCUGUUUGUGACCGGAGGACGGGAUGACCUCAACCUGGAGCUCAGCGCGGCAGAGAAGUUUGAUCCAGACGCUCUGCGAUGGACCCCCGUCAAACACAUGAGGUGCAAGAGGAACAACAUGUCCCUGAUGGUGUUCAACGGGUCGUUGUUGGCUGUAGGAGGCUCGGAUGGCGUUACCAAUCUGAAAACAAUAGAAGUAUACAACCACGAGUCAAACACAUGGAGACACUUUGGGAGCAUGAAGACCAAGCAUCCAGGAGGCCAUGUUGCCAUGUUGAACACAAAACAUGGUUACAGCCUGUAACUGGAUAUGGCGUUGAUGGACAAAUAACUUAUGGAUUCAUCAUAUGUAUUAUGAUAUUAUUUAUUUCUGAUUUAUAAAGUGUAUGUCCAAGUAGUAAUCAUAACCACAAAUAUGAUUUAUACAAUUAUUUGACUAUGUAACAUAGGACAAUUACAGCGGGAAGCUGUAUGGAAUUUCUGCGACGGCAACUGUUAGACUCCUGUAAAUAGUGUUGUGCUUCUUCAAUAGAAAUGGUUUAUUGAUGGGUGUAUGCUGAAGGGAAAGGCAAGGAUGGGAACAUUGAAGGAUGAUUGAGAAAAGUCAUUUAGAAUGUGUAUGGCUGUGUCCCAAACGACACCUUACCCAGCUAGCACAUUUGGUUCCUUGGAAGUUGUGGGAAUGUAUGUUUUUGGUUUUACAUUGGUCAUGGAAACAAAGCCAUACUUUUCCUGACAGGAAAAACUGAAAGCUUUUCAAAAGUUCUGAGAACAGAAGUAAAAAUGUUGCCUGUUCUGGGAACAUUUAUUUUUUUGUUUGCAGGGAGGUUCUGACUGAGAAUGUUUUACUCUGGUUCUUUUCAUGUUUUUCUGGGAGGUUUUUAUUAAUGCUCUGAGAACAGAAAUUAUAGGUUAUUUGGAGAUUUUUGAAUAACUUCCUUAAAACUUUCAAUUAAUGUUUCAAUAAAACUUAAUAAAACUGC